AUGAGCCCGGCGCAAAAUCAAUCAGGGCGACCGCCCUCGUCUCUACUGGGAAGUCAAUUCGCAUCGUCCAACUCGACCGCCAAUCGAUUUCUUGGUUCAACCCAAAGACCUUGGAUGACACAUAAUGGUACUUCGUCACUACUGUCCGGGCGUUCUUAUCCGAAACAUCCUGUUGCCGGAAAUACCCAAGCAAAGCACUCUACCGCUUCUUCCGGACAACAACGACAAUCAACAACAAAGUCCCCCGCACAUAUCGAGACCAGUGAUCAUCGAUCCACGGCAACUUAUUCAUCGAACCCGACAACUACUCGUUCUAUGCAGAAUGCUCCAGUAUCGCCAGUGACUCCCGGAUACUCAGAAAACGACAUACAACCACCCUCGGCCAAGGUGGCCAGACCCGACUACACAGUGUCCACCGCAUCCUUCCCGACCCCCGAGCCCAGUAACGCCUCUUUAGCCAGUCCAGUUGUUGCCGUCACGGAAGUAGCAGAUUCCUCCGGCAGAGAUGUGCCACAAACGGCAGGUGCGAGUGUAUCGCCCCCGCGACCUGUCAAAUGGGAAGGUGCGACUCCAACACUCCCCGCCGCGACUUACCACCCCAAUCCAGCUCAGCAGCAACAAGCACUACGACGAAGUACGAAUCAGAAUUCUUCCCGGCACUCUCAACCACCGUCUCAGCCACAACAUCAACUCCUGCCACCCUCACAAUCACAAUCGUCACAUCAUCAUCAACAGCAGCAUCAGCAUCUAUCUCCUUCCCCUAGGGGGCAGAUCUGGCAGCAUGCGAGGGGAAAGCUCAAAUCAUAUCUAGAGCAAUCGACCAGAACAAAUCAUUUGUCCGAGACUGUGGAGUUGCCUCGAGUGCGUAUACUGCAGGAUGCCUGUAGCGCGGAAGACAUGUUCUACCUGGCUCUCCACCAGACCUUCUGUCUUAACUCUGCAGAUCCGAGCCAGCUAUCUCAAGUUGCUGACCAGGGAAUACUCCCUGGUCUUGGCUUUGAUGUGAUUGCACAGCUGCUGGUCGACAAUAAGAGGUUGUCUUCCGAAUUCUUACGGUGGUCCAUUGAGCGCAUCAGGCGAUCAAAGGGCAUUUGCAUCACCACGCCCAACACCAUCUUCUAUUCAGCCUCCAACGUCAAUGACGAUGACGAGUCCAAAUACGUCACUUCAGCGAAACAGUAUACAAAAUCACGUGUCUAUGAGUAUCCCUCAUCGACCGUCUUCAAAUCCCCAUCCUGA